AUGAGGCUGGAGCUCUUCCUCGUCCUCACGGCGGUGAUCAGUGCUGCCGGCAAGCCGCUGAGCAAGACAGCGGCCGGGAACAAGCUGCUGCUGAUCUCCUUCGAUGGCUUCAGGUGGGACUACGACCAGGACGUGGACACGCCGAACCUGGACCAGCUCGCUGUGGACGGGGUCAAGGCCAAAUACAUCACCCCCCCAAUGCUGACCAUGACCUCCCCCUCCCACUUCACCACCAUCACUGGCAGAUGGGUGGAGGAUCACGAAGUCGUCCACAACAUGAUGUUCAACACCAAGACCAACCUGAAAGUUCCUCACAAACAGACUCUGACCAGAUCAGAGUGGUGGGACAACGGAGUCCUGCCGUUAUGGAUCACAGCUCAGAACCAGGGUCUGAAAACUGCUUCCUUCCACUUCCCCGGAGGUGGUGCCAAUUACAGCGGUCAGGCGGUGAACCGGGUGAUGGUGGAGCCCUUCAACCACCCGGACGACAACGAGACAGAGUGGCAUCAGAACAUCGACACGGUGAUGAACUGGUUCUCCAAGGAAGACUUCAACCUGGUGACGCUGUACUACGGCGAGCCGGACCACGUGGGCCACGCCAAGGGCCCGGACCACCCGGACAGGAAGACGAUCAUCCGGCAGAUCGACCGUACCAUCGGCUACCUGAGGGAGGCCAUCGAUCUGCAUAACCUGACCGACAGCCUGAACGUCAUCAUCACCUCCGACCACGGCAUGACCACCAUCAAGAAGCGGCCGCAGGUGGACGAGAUCAUCCUCAACAAGUACCUGAAUUUAAUCAAGCUCGCCAGCUUCGAGAUCCUGGACUACGGCGGGUUCGGCAUCCUGACGCCACGGCCGGGGAGGGAAAAGGAGGUUUUCGAGGCUCUGUCCAACGCACCCAAUCUGACGGUCUACAAGAAGAACCAGAUUCCAGAGAGCUUCCAUCUCGCCAAAAGUGAGCGGCUGCCUCCGAUCGUGGUCGUGGCAGAUCUGGGAUUCAACCUGAACUCUAGAUUCAUCGUCUACGUCAACAAAGGAGACCACGGCUUCCACAACGGAGAGAUGGACAUGAAGACCAUCUUCAGGGCCUUCGGUCCCGCCUUCAGGAGGAACUUCCUGUCUGAGCCGUUCGACAGCGUCCACAUCUACCCUCUGAUGUGUAAACUGCUGCAGAUCAACCCGGCGCCGCACAACGGCUCACUGAGCGUGACCGAGGAGAUGCUGCUGCACGGCGGUGAGCACGGACUCACCAUGGUGGUGGUGGUGGGUGGAUCUCGCAGAGCUUCAGUGUCUGUCACUCUGAUGCUGCUGAUGAUGCUCAUGUUCACUGCGCUGUAA